UAAAAGGAGGCUCUGGAAGCGGGGAAAGCAGACAAACUGAGCUGAGCAUCUGCUGAGAACUCCGGUCUGCAAGACAAACGUCUGUCAACAAUGAAGGCAACGAUCGCUACCGCCGCCCUCCUGGUCCUGGCGCUGGGGUUGACCACUGACGCCGUGCAGGUGGAAGAAAAUGGACUGUCUUUCUCCCUGGAAGCUGUCAGCAGGCUCCAGGAGCUCGCUGAGAGCAGAGCCAUGACGGGACAGCAGAGCCCUCGACUCAAGGCCAGCACCUACUCGCUGUGCGCGGACCCCAUGCUGCCACAGGAGUUCCUGCCCCUCUGUAAGCAGAGGGCCUCGCAGUCGUCCCUCCUGAGAUUGGCUGCCGUUCCCCGUGACCUCUGUGAAAUCUGCGCCUUCGCCGCCUGCACUGGAUGCUAAGCCCCAACGGCAAUCCCAGGGAACUCCUGCAACGCUUCCAGCUCGUGCUUCCUUCUACAACUGUUUUCAGGAAAAUUCCAAUCGACGAUGAGGCGGAGACAACCGCCCUGAAGUUUGGACUCAGCCUCAGUCUGCAUCUGACUGGAUGUAGCUUUCAGGCCAAAAAAUGUCCCCAAAAAACAACAAUCAGGCAAAGAAAAGUUUUGUAAACUGUUACUUUUUUUCCUAAGCUUAUAUAUUGUCAUUAGACAUUAGAUUGUUACAUUUUUCUGUCCGCCUUAUAUAUUUAAAGACAUUUAUUCCUUUUUCUUCUUUGUUUUUAUUGGUAUUUUAAAUAAAAAGCUUUUAGAAAACAG